AUGCACGCACUAGGGUUCUUGGACCGAGGUGGGCGGGGGUCUAGUCUCUACCGUGACCGCGAUCGCGGGCGUGCAGGUCGGAAACUGAACGGGAAGCCGCAGGCAGUGUUUCUAGAACCCCCAGGGCAAAAAAGGCUCGAGGGCAGGGGCAGCAUAGGCUGGAAGCUAGUCAGCCAGUGGACGGGGGGAAUGCGACAGGCCAAAACGACCACAGAGCCAGAAAAAAACUGGGGCAUUCCCAGGUUCGGGGCACGCACUUUGCCCACGUUCUGCAAGCGGCCAGCUUCCAGCGUGGCCAGCCUGGGCUGCUUUCCUCGUAUCACGCUCGUCACCCGGUUGAGUCGCGUCGUGAAGCAGAUCCAUGGAUCUGGCACCUGUGGGCUCUGCUGGCUCUGGCACUCGACCGUUCCGGACUCUUUUCUCCUCCCCCCCCCCUUCCCCCUUCCUGCUCUUCCACCCCCCUCCUAUCCUUUCAGCCUCGAUCUCUCCACCUUCGCCCUUCCCACCCUUUCAUCCUUCUCUCUUCUUGCAUCCAUCGUUCCUGCCUCUCAUCUUCUCGUCGCGCGAUUCGCCUCGAUCCUCCUGCGCCUCUCGAUUGCCACCCGCUCUGACAAAGGAGUGAGAGACCGUGGAUCAACGCGCGCCACUGUCGCAGAUCCGAUGAGGAGCGAACGUCCUCGCGAACUCGCCAUCCGAUUGAAUCGCUAA